AUGAGCUGCCGGCUGAUCUGGCAGGUGAGUGAGACGCUGCUGAGGGAAGAGACGGGUGGGUGGUCGGCGGUGUCACAAGAAGAGGCGCACGCACUGUUGCAUGCUCUGACGGAGCAGCUGGGGGCGGAGAUGGAGGCCAUGAGUGAUGCCUUGGAGUUCGCUCUUCCACCACUGCCUGGGCCGGCAGCACAAGGAGCAGCUGUAGUAGCUCCAGAGGCAGCAGCAGAAGGGGCAUCGGAAGAAGAUGCAGCAGGGGAAGGGGCAGCAGGAGACGGGGCAGCAGGAGAUGGGGUGGUAGCAGAAGGGGUGGCGGCAGUGGGGGCAGCAGCAAAGGAGCCAAGUGCAGAAGUAGGACUGAUGAUGAGAGAGGGCGCAGGAGCAGCAGCAGCUCAGCAGCUACUAGGGGCAGAGGCAGGAGACGACGAGCAGCUGGGUGGCAGAAGCAAGCCACAGUCCUUUGAGUCUCUCACACGAGCUGCUGUGUUCGGAAGGCUCAAGAGCUUGGCUCUCUUGAACUGUACUGGGCUGAGGGAGGGGCAGCUGGUGAGGCUGCUGCGAGCAUGUGGCAUGCUGGAGGAACUGCGGGUGGAAGGCAGUGACGCGUUCUCAGACACGGUGAUUGCAGGGAGUCAACUGGAUGUGCUGACUCGGUUGACUGUGGUGGGGUGCGGUGGAGUCACUGCAGACGGCAUUGGCUGCUGGGGAAUGUGA